AUGGACUGGCCGGAAGACGACGAGUAUAGUUCCAUUUUUCCCAAGAGAUAUUCCAUAUUGAUGACGGAAGAACCCUCGUUGCCAAUUAUAUAUUACCGAUCUCAAAAUCCGUUAUCUAAUCCUUCCCUUCAGAAACGGGGAGGUAGCAGUGGUGGCGAUACUGUGGGAGUAGAGAGAGGUGAAGGAGUGAUUGCCAUGGCUACGACGGGAGCUCAGUAUGCCCUCGCAGCAUCCACCAGAACUAAUAACAGUGGGGGUAGCUCUACGACAGUAGGGGUGGAACCUAAGCCAAGCGUCGUUGUCGUGACUACUUCCAGUUCCAGUGGCAGUGGUAAUGCAGCACAGAGUCAGUCGACAAGAGGCCAGCAGCUCAUCACUGUUGUUACUAGUCCUGAUCCUUCCAGCUCAAAUAAUCUGCAACCUAUCCAGUUAUUGGUUCAGGAUCCACUUGAAACCGCUGCAGAUUCUUCCAACGGCUCAACAGGUACUCCGGCACACGUUACAGCGCAAGUUGUAGUGAACACUACUCAUUCGGGUCAACACACCCUCGUGGAUUCAGACACAGCAUCUACAUCAACUGGUACUAUUGUCAGUGGUUCUCCGCAUUUUAUCACUGUAACAGGCACCGGUGAUUCACCAUCUUACGCGUCCCUCACAACGGCAGUAGUGUCAGGUGAACCAGAGGCAGUGGGGUCCGAGUCAGUUACUCAUCCUACUUAUGUUCAAUAUGUUGAAGGGGAUGGUUCCACAUAUAUACCGGCAAAUGGUCAGAUGACAUAUCCUGUAUAUGCUGUUGGAGAAGCAGGAGCAAUGUACACUCCUGCUUCAAGUCAAUAUUACACACCGGCAUCUACCCCGGUGACCUAUGCACAGGUCACUGGUCAAGGUUCAAAUUCAACAACCGGACAAUUAUUAUCUCAGGGUAACGGCACGUAUCUAAUUCAACAAAGCGUCGUAGAUGGAGAUCCGACUGCACAUACGUUGAUAUCUGCAACUGCACGUGCUAGUCCACAGACAGAAAAUGCGGAAACUGUGGUUAGCGGGGGUGGAGGGGCAUACUUGAUCAGCGGUAAUUCAGGAGGUACUGCUGUCACCGUGGAAGACGCUGCAGCUGCCGCAGCAAACAUGACGCAUGCCACUAGAGUUUCUCAAGCAACAGUUCACUGGUUACUUGAAAAUUAUGAAACAGCGGACGGAGUUUCUCUUCCAAGAUCUACCCUUUAUAAUCAUUAUUUGCGUCAUUGUUCUGAAAACAAAUUGGACCCUGUAAAUGCGGCAAGUUUUGGAAAAUUAAUACGUUCCGUCUUUUUGGGUUUAAGGACUAGGCGGUUAGGCACGAGAGGAAAUUCAAAAUAUCAUUACUAUGGGAUUCGUGUCAAACCUAGUUCUCCUUUAGUAAUGUUAAAUGAAGAUGGAACCCCUCGUCAGCAACAGAGUGCAAAUUCACAAACAAAACGAUUUAAAUUUGUGAAUCAAAAGCAAGAUACUACGUACGAAAAUAAUACACAUUCAAACACAAAUAUUUCUUCAAAUACUUCGCCGCCACAGUAUCAUCAAUACCUUGGUGAAGCGAGUGGCGCUAUUCCUGAAUUUCCCGAGAUAAUAGUGGGGCAUGGUUCAUCCCCCCCAGAAGAUUGCACGUUAGAAGAUAUUGACACAUUCCGUAGCAUAUACAGAGAACAUUGUGAAGCAUUUCUGGAUGCUGUUCUCAAUUUUGAAUUCGCUACUGUAGAAAGUCUUUGGAGAGAGUUUUGGCGUAGUCAGGACAAUAAUAAUGGCGAUGAGUGCGAGGAAGAAAAAUAUUUAUCAAAAACCAAAUUAUAUCAAAUGUGUAAAUGUUCAGAAGUUCAAGAUUUCAUUAGAAAGGUUGAUUACACAUUUUAUCAAAACUUGGUGGAAGUAUUAAUGCCUAAUGUAUUGCGACCUAUACCAAGUUCAUUGACGCAGUCUAUUCGAAAUUUUGCAAAAGGACUAGAAUCAUGGCUGACAUCAGCAAUGGCUGAUUGUCCAGAAGAAAUGACUCAGAUAAAGUUAACCGCUGUAUCUGCAUUUGCUCAGACACUAAGGCGUUACACAUCACUGAAUCACCUUGCUCAAGCAGCACGUGCAGUGCUUCAAAAUUCUAGUCAAAUAAAUCAAAUGUUAGCUGAUUUGAAUCGCGUUGAUUUUCACAAUGUACAAGAACAGGCUUCGUGGGUAUGUCAAUGCGAUUAUGCAAUGGUGCAACGCUUGGAAGCAGACUUUAAAGUAACAUUGCAGCAACAAAAGUCAUUAGAAAAUUGGGCGACUUGGUUAAAAAGUGUCGUGACGCAAGUUCUUAAACCAUUCGAAGAGAAACCUACGUUUGCAAAAGCUGCUCGUCAAUUUUUACUCAAGUGGUCCUUCUAUAGUUCCAUGGUCAUUCGUGAUCUUACCUUAAGAAGUGCAGCUAGUUUUGGGUCUUUUCACCUAAUUCGAUUAUUGUACGAUGAAUAUAUGUUUUACUUGAUCGAGCAUCAAGUAGCUGUUGCUACAGGAACAACUCCAAUAGCUGUAAUGGGAGAUAAAAGUCAAAAUUGCUCUUUAGUCAGUGCAUUUGGUGCUACUUCUAAUGGAGAUACAUCAAACACAAGUCAAUCAAAGCGUAUGAAACUAAGCUAACUGCGUGCCUACGCCCUUUAGUUUGCAAGUAAGCCAGUAGCACCUGAGAAUGGAAUUUUAGCACAAGAGCAUGCCAGGCCUACUAACACACUAGUCCCAUAAAUUAUAAUUUUGUAUAAGACAAGAUCUUGUCGUAUUAUGACUUAACAAAGAAGAUUUUUGCAUAACGCCCAGAAUGUAUACAAUCUAAUAAGUAAGUUUGUGUGAUAUAAUAUGUAGGAAUACGUAAUUGCAGUCUUGCUUUAUACAAGAAAGCAUAUGAUUCAAGUGUAAGGUAUCGCUGGCACGAUGUUUAGUACGUUAAUGUAUCAUCUAGUCGAAACAUCAUUGAAAAAUAUUUGGGACCAUGAAUUUGUCAUGUCCUUAUAGCAUCGAUAUCAAAAGUUUACUUGAGCGAAUAUUUUAUUUCUUCGAGGUUCUACGAAUUCUGAUGUUUAGAAGAAUUCAAAUGCCUUAUUUUAAUAAAACAAAUUGAUUUGUCAACAGGCCAUCCACGAUUCGAAAUUCGCGUUACUUAAUAUUUUACUUUUUAACAAUUAAUACGCUAUAUUUUUAAAGCAUGUUACGCGAAAAUAAAGUCGAGUGAGCUUAAAAUAGGAAAAGUCAGUUUGUGCAAAAGAAAACGUUCGGGGAGAAACAUUAUUUGCGGGAAAAAAUGGUAGUCCUGCAUUCAUAUCGACGGAUUCUAUUUUGCACAAAGUACUCAAUAACAUUUUACUAAAUCCGCCCUGCCGACGGUAUUGUCAAAAAAUUAAAAAAAAUAUUCCUACUGGAGCAGAUGCAAAUUAGGUUAUUAUAAUUAUAUAACAGUACGAGUUUUAGAUAUUUCCAACAUUCAUAUUUUUUAAUGUGAUUUAUUAAUUAUACAUCGAGCUACGUAAGAAAUUCUGUUCUAAGCCGUCUGUUACACUCUAUAUAUAUUCUUUCAGUAUUUUUAAACGAAUAGUACAAAACAACAGUGGAAAAGUAUGGAUGCAGCGAUAUAUAAAGUAAUCGUUUUGAUUUACUGAUAGAAUAUACAGUAUGGCUCUUGCAUUAAAUGUACAUACAUAUACAAAUGGUGUGGCAGAUAGAACAA